AUGGAUACCCAGCUGGAUGCGCGGGUCCAAUUUCCGGCCUCGUUUCCGGAAACGUUCAAGAAUUUCUUCGACAUGAUGAACGAAGACGAGGACCAUGCAGAGCUCUUUGCCCACAUGCUGGAGGAUAAGGUAAUACCCAUACCGCGACCCAAGCCCAGAAAGAUGAACCCGCAGCGCGGACGCUGCGGUGGCAGCUUACGAAGCAACAGCGCCAGCGGCCGCUCUGAUCGUGACGACAGCACCGAGCGCAGCUUCCAGCAUCGGCAGCAUCUGCAGCAGCUUCAAAAUGCUCAACGCGGACGCCGCGCCAGCAUUAGUAGCGGUGGAGAAUUCUAUCGCGAAACAAGCGACGUUAACGAGCCGUCGGUCCACUACCCCUGCUUGCCCCCCGGACGCAUUCACACGCUGCGCUCGACCCAUGACCGCAACGCUCAACACCAUAACAGCCCAGGCCUCAGCCAUACCGGCCUCGGGCCCAUGCUUUUGGGCCCAAAUGUAAGUUCCAGCUCCAGUGGUACGAAUAUGCAACUGACGCCGGGUCCGGUCGGCGGCGGGGGCAUGGGCGGUGGCGGCGGAAAUGUACCGCCAGCAAGCGCCGACCAUCUCAGGCCAAGACUGGCUCAAGAGCAGCCACGUACCCCGCUUGAGUCGCCUCAAUCUUCAUUCCAUUCACAUCAUAAUUUACAGCUAGAGGUCAGCGCUGGUUCCACAAGUGGCUACACACCACCAUCAGUGGCCACCGCUGGAUCCUCAAGCGGCUAUCACCAUGCAUACGGGCCACAAAUGCAAAUACCGCCCCGGUCAGGAUCCAUCCGUCGCCAGCUGCCGGUUAAUGGGGCCAGCAGUGUAGCAGUAGCUAUCGAUGCGUUCGGGCGAAUGGAGCUGGAUGACGAGGAACGUAGAAGCUGUACGGAUCGGAUCUUUGAUGUCGAGAAUCGCCCAUUGUAUGAGAUGGAGCGUGCCGGGGUGGGUCACCAGCGGAUGCUGCCCAUACCGCCGGUCAACAGCAGACACAGCGGCGGCUUUCGAAACCGGCCCAUCGUACAGGCGUGGGUCCAGCAGGAGAACGAUCGGAAUCUAAUACGAAGCUCCGCAGUCCCCAUGGUGCACACCCAGAGUCGACAUGCGGACCCGAGGAACAUCGAAUCCGUGGGGGCCGUACAGGAUUGGCAGCAUCUAAGAAAUAUUGAAGCUCCGCCACCGCGAUACGAAGAAUAUAUUUUUGCUGCCCAGCAUGCAGGCGGCAGUCGGCAAGACCUUCGUCGUGGCUCCACGGCGGAACCAAACAUGCAGCACUCGGUCCGGCACUAUAUGCCACAAGAGGUCCAUCCACGCAGCUUGCAUAGCGUCGAGCACAGCAGAGAGCAUGCGGAAGUAUCCAGGGUUUUGACCAUACAGCAAGCCAUGUGCGGGGCGGUUUCCCCGCAGUACGGCACCGUGGUCGACCACCCACCACCCUCAUAUAACGAAGCGAGAGCCAUCGCUGGCGUGGUCACCGUAAAUGAAAUGUCCAGCGGACUGGGAGCCAGUGGUUCGGUACCCGUAGAGGCAGGGUGCAGCACACCGAAACGCGCACGCCAAGUGCAUAUCGAGCGGGAGCCUCCCAUCGGCGAGGCAGCGGCAUCCCCAGCGCGGGGACAACGGCAUAACAGCUCUGGCACCUUGUUGGUGCCGGUACUCAGCAACCGCGUGGCGCCCAGGCAGCGAAGGAGAACAUCCAGUAUGCCGGCCGAGUGCCCCAGGGUGAGUAUGUCACUUCCUCUCUUGCCUCUCUCGUCCUCUCUUCCAUCUCUUCCAUCUGCAUCACUGUCGUCCUCUGCCUUUUCCCAGCCACAACACGCGGAGGUGCGUCAGGCGGUGAAACAUGCAGAAGAUCAGGGCAUGGAGUACUACCGCCUACGCAGUUUUAGCAUUACCUCGAAUGGGGUAUGCAAUUUAGGGGACUCCCUGCGACGCCGCAGGUCUCGCUCGAACAACUCAGUGACAUCGGGGGGUACCUCUUACAGCGGCAUUCGAUACCACAAUAGAAACGCAUCGGGGAAUAUCAUCGAAAGGGCCCUAUCACAGCAGACUCUGUCCGGAGAGCCGCCCACCUUCAAGAUUGCUAUGCUUGGUAGUCCUGCGGUUGGGAAGUCAGCCCUAUCGUUCCAGUUUACGACCUCGGACCAUAUUUGCGGCUACGACCUAAGUCUUGAGAUGGAAUAUGGGCAGAAGACGGUGUCUGUACUGGUGGAUGACGUUGAAUCGGACAUUGAAGUUGUGGAUCAUCCCGCCUGCGAAAUGUCGACGGAGGCUUUUUGCGCUACAUACGACAUCGACCUGUUUGUGGUCGUCUACUCUGUGCUGGACGUCUACUCGUUCCGGAAUGCGGAACGCGUGUUGCAUUAUUUGCGGGAAAACGACAUGCUGCUCAGCCGCGGCGCCAUAUUGGUGGGGAACAAGGCGGACCUGGAACGCCAUCGCGCUGUGCCCCAAGAGAUGGGCCACAAAGUGGCCACGGAGAUUCCCUGCAAGUUCAUCGAGACGUCGGCGGGGCUGUGCCACAAUGUCAAUGAGCUGUUGGUGGGUGUGGUGGCUCAGGUCAAACUGAAUCCCCAGCGCCUGAGCAUGCUCAGUCCGGCUGACCUGGAGCGCGUGAAUAUGCAGAGCAGCAUCCAAAACCACAGACGCAUGCACCUGGAGCGCCAACUGAGCAUGUGCCACAGUGACCACGGGCUGGCUCCGGAUGCCGAGGACGACCCCAAUCGUCCGCACAUCAGUCUGCGAGACAUUCUGAAUGUGGGAGAGAGUGAUCUGGAGGACUCCGAGGAAACCGAGGCCCAGCGGCGACAUCGCUUCAUGACCCGGUUUGAACUCCUGGCGGCCAACAUCCGCAACGAAUCGGUGAGACCGAUCAGCCCUGUUGGCAAGCGAUGCUCCAUCGGCACCGCGACCUUGGACAAUAAGGUCGCGAGACUGCAGCGCCGGGCCAUGGACGACUCGCAUCUAGGUCGUCGCGGGUGGGCUCGUCCGGAGUGCAGAAAGCAGCUGUUCCUCUUCAAUUGCAACGGCAGGGUCAAGAAGAUGACGGCACGCACCAAGUCGUUUGUUUCGUCGCUGCUGCGCUUCAAGGCAUCCCACUGGCUGAGUCGUCGCACCUCUUCCAGCUGCACCGAUCUCUUUGCGAUUUAAAUGGAUUGAUAGAAAUAUAUAGAAAGUAGUGGGGCUUGGUGUGGGUUUUGCACGGAAAGGAGUCUUAAGGUAACGAAUAGACUGAUUUUACACAAAAGGCAACAGUGCAGGAAACGCAACUAUGGCAAAGGAAAGGAAAUAAACCAAACAAAAAAUCAUCAAUUACGUACAAUAUUUGCCUUUUCGGUUGUUUCCAAAAACUCUCAGAACAUGGUCCGAUGGCACACCACUUUGGAUGCCUAAAAUGUAUCCCCUAUUGGACAAGCAGCAAACAAAAAUAUGAUGUCCUUCCGUUUACCCAAAAACACUCCAAUUGGCAAACAAUAGUACAUAUGUACCUAAUGCAAAUACAAC